GCUUGGAGAGCGAGACCAAUUAAUUAUGUGUUGUCGUGCAACUGUUGGAGCCAGGCUCGGGCUCAUGUUGACCAAUCUGCUUUUGAUGCUGGUGGCGCUGGCGUGUGUAGGGUGUGGGGUGGUUCUCAUCCUGGGGCGCGCCCUGUACGGCAGUCAGCUGGGGUGGCUGCAAGACGAGCUGAGGAGUUUCAACACCAAACUGGACGUGAGUCAGCUUGACGUCACCUUCGUCACACUUCCUCUUGGCGCGGCACUCAUUACAGUCGGGUUCCUAAUCGCUGUCGUCUGCAUCUUGGGGAUUAUCGCAGCUUCCGGUCACUUCUAUAAACUGACCUUGGUGUACCUGGUCGUGCUGUCCUGUCUGUUCUUCGCGGAGAGUGUCGUGGUCAUCUGCUCCUAUAUCGACCGGACGCCGUUCGACAGCACGGUCAAGGUCUACAUGAAGUCGUCGUUGUCCGGGUACAAAGGUGACUCCGGCGCAGACAGUACCAGCCUGGGGUGGAAUGCUGUCAUGUUGCACCUCAAGUGCUGCGGGGUGGACAGCUAUGCUGACUUUACCAGCUGGAGUAAGACUACAGCUAAUCAGGUUAUACCAGGUGCAUGUUGUGUCAAGCCAUUCAAGGGCGACCCCUGCAGCGAGAAAUCACAGUAUAAUCAACCUAACAUGACGUAUUACGACAGGGGCUGUUACAACCUAGUCUGGGACUACGUCACCUCCAACACAGGGCUCAUCAUCUUCGACGUCUUCUUCAUCGUCGUUCUCCAGUUCCUCAACAUCUUCUUCACUGUCUGGAUCAUCUGCCAGUUCAAGAGCCGGGGUUUUACCAGGGUCGGGGUCUACAGAAACAUGUACUAGCUGAAGGUAUCAGG